AUGGCCGCAGACGCACUAUCCAUCAUCCCGGGCGCCGUGCUUCGGAACCUAUCUGACAAGCUCUACGAGAAGCGGAAGAACGCCGCGCUCGAGAUUGAGGGAAUUGUGAAGCAGCUUGCAACGGCUGGGGAGCAUGAAAAGAUAUCAGCGGUUAUCUCGCUGCUCACCAACGAUUUUACAUACUCGCCACAAGCGAACCAUCGGAAGGGUGGGUUGAUUGGCCUUGCAGCAGUUACUGUUGGACUCACCAGUGAGGCAGCUCAGCAUCUCGAGCAAAUUGUGCCUCCUGUGCUUAAUUCUUUCCUGGACCAAGAUAGUAGAGUGCGUUACUAUGCUUGUGAAGCGCUAUACAACAUAGCAAAGGUUGUCAGAGGGGAUUUCAUCAUCUACUUCAACAAAAUUUUUGAUGCUUUAUGCAAGCUUUCUGCAGAUUCCGAUGCUAAUGUUCAAAGUGCAGCUCACCUUCUUGAUAGGCUUGUCAAGGAUAUCGUAACUGAGAGUGAUCAGUUCAGCAUAGAAGAAUUCAUACCGCUCUUGAGAGAGCGUAUGAAUGUGUUGAAUCCUUAUGUAAGACAAUUUUUGGUGGGGUGGAUAACAGUUUUAGACAGUGUUCCUGAUAUUGACAUGCUUGGUUUCCUUCCUGAUUUUCUCGAUGGUUUAUUCAAUAUGCUGAGUGAUUCCAGUCAUGAGAUAAGGCAGCAAGCUGAUGCAGCACUUUCUGAGUUUCUGCAGGAGAUAAAGAACUCACCAAAUGUAGAUUACGGUCGUAUGGCUGAAAUACUCGUUCGGAGGGCAGGCUCUACUGAUGAAUUCACUCGGUUGACGUCUAUCACAUGGAUCAACGAGUUUGUGAAGCUUGGUGGGGAACAACUUGUUCCUUACUAUUCGGAUAUAUUGGGCGCUAUCUUACCGUGCAUAUCUGACGAGGAGGAGAAAAUCCGAGUGGUUGCACGCGAAACAAAUGAGGAACUCCGUGCUAUAAAAGCUGAUCCAGCUGAGGGAUUUGAUAUCGGAGCAAUUCUUUCAAUUGCAAAAAGAGAAUUGAACAGUGAACAUGAGGCCACUCGAAUUGAAGCAUUGCAUUGGUUCUUCACUUUGCUGUAUCGAUAUCGUGCUGAGUUCUUGGUGUACCUGAACGAUAUUUUUGAUCCACUCCUAAAUGCACUUUCUGAUCCUUCAGACGCGGUUGUCCUAUUGGUAUUGGAAGUUCAUGCAUGUAUAGCUGAAGAGUCUCACCACUUCCAUCAUCUUGUAUCCUACCUAAUCCGCACCUUCCACAACAACCAUUUUCUACUGGAGAAGCGUGGUGCUUUGAUAGUCCGCCGGCUCUGCGUUCUUCUGGGUGCUGAAAAAGUAUAUCGAGAGUUCUCCACUAUUCUUGAGAGUGAAGUUGACCUUGAUUUCGCAUCUGUCAUGGUUCAGGCUUUGAAUUUGAUUUUGCUCACAUCAACUGAACUUGGUGAGCUCCGCUCUCUUCUUAAGAAGUCGUUAGUGGAUUCCUGUGGCAAGGAUUUGUUUCAGUCUUUAUAUGCUUCGUGGCGCCACUCUCCGAUGGCUACGAUAAGUUUGUGUUUACUUGCUCAGGCAUACAGUCACGCAAGCUGUGUUAUUCAGUCACUGGGGGAAGAAGACAUAAAUGUGAAAUUUUUGGUUCAAUUAGAUAAAUUGAUCCGUCUCUUAGAGACUCCAGUAUUUGCUUACUUGCGUUUACAGCUUCUCGAGCCGGGAAAACACACGUGGCUUCUGAAAACUCUUUAUGGUCUCCUGAUGCUGUUGCCUCAGCAAAGUGCGGCCUUCAAGAUCUUGAGGACUCGACUGAAGACUGUGCCAUUCAGUGAAAAUCUUAAGCGCACAUCUUCAGCAAAUCCAUACUCUCAGAUUCUGCAAGUGACAGAAGAUGGCAAUAGAAACCAAGAUUUGCAGAACUAUAGUGCAAUCAAUUUCCCAUUCCUUCUCCAGCAAUUUGAGAACAUGCAGCUGCAGCACCGUAACCAUUUGAAGGAUCAACUGCAAUCCCGCAAAUCUGCUUCAGCUCUAACAUUAUCUCAGAUUUUGUCAAGAGAUGGCAAUUAUUUGUUGGAGAAAGCUCGUUUCCGCCCUCUAGUCAUUCUUUUCUUAGCUGUUUCACUGCUCAUCUGGUUUCUGUAA